AUGCCGAAACCGGCGGCGAAAGGUGCUGUGAAAUUUACCCCUGUUUGUGAUGAAACGCGGCCCAAGUGCUUAUCCUGCGUCCAGAGAGGAGUCGAGUGUGGUGGUUAUGAGCGUCGCAUCGCCUUCAAGGAUGUCUCGGCCGCCACCGCUGACUCUUCCAAGAGGAUCGAAGAGGCCCGGUGGUCGGCGUUGCGACUUCAAGAUGCAAACAAGAAGAGAGCAAGAGAGAAGCGUCACGUGGUCAAGUCUCGGCAGGGUGGCGAUGGAGAGAUCCAACAGCAGGAGCUUGAACAGGACGACGACAAUGACCAGGUGGACUUGGAGCUGAACACAGGCGGAGCUUCUGAUGCUGACAGCCCAGAUCUGCUGAGGCAGUCCCAAUAUUCGCGUCCAACGUCUCAAGCACCAAUAGAAGCACUCACGGUUGACUGCCAUCGCAUUGAGCAAGUCACAGACGUACAAGGCUCCUUGAACACGGCAUUUUCGCCACCUGGAGUCAAUUUCGACACUGUUCUCGAUUUCCUAACUGAGAGCCCCUUUGAAACGGUCCAAGGCGACGACACAGGCACGGCCCUGACUCCUCCGUUCCCCAUGGCUCAAGUGGUAGAGGAAACCAACAGCGAGGCUUUUGAGCCUACUCGCGGCGACGACGAGGCCUCUAUUAUGAAUCUUUCCCUUAGCUCAGAGAUGCAUUCCGGGCAAAGCUUCGAAGAUGAUGGUGGCUUGCAGGAUGACUUGGCGCUCGCUUCAAUGCCCUGGGGCAACCUCUUGGUAGCUAGGGAGGACGACCAGCUGACACUGCUCGACACGCUACCAUGUCCUCAUCCUGCGCAAACGCCCAGUCUUAUACUUCCCACGGAGGAUGUCCUCCUACACAACUUCGAAAUCCGACUGGCACCAACAAUCUUUGGCGAAAAGACGCCUCUAAAUCUGCUCCGAGCCAGCAACUCCCUUCGUGCAGCGGUGCUCGCACUCUCAGUAUGCCACAUGGAACGGUGCCGGGACUCAAUCUCCAAGUCACUCCAUCUCUCUCCAGGCGACGGUCCGCGCUACUACGACCUCGCUAUCAGGGAUAUGGCGCAUCGGUUGGACCAGCCAGACGACGAGCAGCUGGUUGGCACUACGCUUCUCCUUGCCUACCGCGACGUCAUAGCUGGAUCCGCCCGGGAUGUUCAACGCCACUUGCGCAAGCUCCAGUCCAUCAUAUCCAAGUCCACACGGAUGUCAGCUCAUGCCAUGGCUUUGUUCAAGGCAUCUCGAAUACUUCAGUAUGACUUCAGGUUGACGCGGAGUCCCACGCGAAAGUCUGCUGCAACCUUUGAUGUGGCAGAGUUCCAAGCGUUUCUUGACCCGCAACUUGCCAUACGCGAUAUAUUGGCUCGGCUUUUUCACUUGUACGGGCGCUACGCGGUAGAAGUAUCAUUCCGUGGCGAUAACGAUGGGGGGGGCCACAGCGAAGUUGGGGCCUCAUCUAAAGCCGUUCAGUGGAUUCAACAGAUGCUCAACCGCCAGUGUGAUUUCCAGCAGUUCCAGCAGAGAGAUUAUCACGACCGGGAUCUAACGGCAGAAGAGUUUCAAGACCAAUUUGAUAUCCUCUCCCAGCGUCUUGACGUGUGGCAUCGCGAUCUCUGCGACCACGACAUGCCGCGGCCCAAUCUUGGGACCGAGGAAGAUUUUGUCGUUGCGAAUCCUCUCGGAACGAUCAUGACCUUCCGGUUCACAAAUGAGCACAAGGUUGUGGACUACUUGCUCUAUCUCCUCUCACGGCUCAUCUGCAGUCGCUUACAGAGCAUCUUGGGAGGCAAGAGGACUAACACCCGUGGUCAAGUUUGGGGCAAGGUUAUGCUGGGCAUAAUGGCGUCGAUGGACGUUGACAAGCAAAAGAUCUCGUUCCAUAGUAUAGAUAACUUGCUCAUCACCAUGAUGGAGGUGAGCGAGGGGACCGAUCUCGCCAUGGCAAUCCUGCAUACAUUCAUUCCUCGCUUCUCUUCCUCCUGCUUGAGCUCGCAGGGGGCGGCGUCCGCUUGGGCUGAUGUUAGGCAAACCGCCGAGCUCGUGAUUCGCGAGAGACUUGUCGGCAAGGACGUUUGGUUUGUUGUGGCGGAUAGAGAUGACUAUGAGACUGAUAAGGAUUGGUACAGAGCAUGUAAUCGAAGGGUCGUGGUGUUUGGGCAUGAUAGUAACGGAGUCGGGUUUCGAGAGCUUCAUUUUCUUCCCUCCGGAUAG